AAAAGAAUUGUAAAUUUAGAUGAUGCAAUUAGAAGUAUUACUGCUACUCUUUGUUUAUCACCAAAUUCACAAGUUUGUAAUAAAAAUAAAUAUCUUAAUAAAUUACGUCUUAGUUUUGAAGAACUUAAUCUAGUUUUAUCAGAAGAUACUGAUGAAAUUAAUAAUAUUGAUAGCAGUACAGAUAGUAGUGCUAAGGAUUCAGCAUCUAGCUCUACUUGUCAAGGUCCUACAAUUUUGAAUCCUCAUCUUAAGGGUCUUCGAUUUGUUAAUCAAAAUAAAUAUAUUAAUAUUCAAGAAAAGCUUCAAAGUAAAUAUAAAGAACGAAAAAGUUAUAACUUGAUACCAAUAACACAAGAAGUAUCAAUUAAUCAAGAUGAUGAUUAUGAUAUAUUUGCUAAUAUGUAG